AUGUUGAACUAUAAGCUCAUAUACGAAGUAGAAAUACUGAAAGCCCUAGUUCUGGGCGAAGAAGAACGCGGACAAAGUCAGUACCAAGUGAUGUGCUUUAUUUUCUAUAUAAAAAAAGAUGCGUUUAUAUCGUCGGACGCGAUGUCUAAGUUACGCCAGAAAAAUCCGGGCACAGUUCGGACACCCGAGGAAGACAGGGGACGUGAAAAUUACACGAUGGACUAUACGGUUGAUGUCAGCCGAUCCAUGGUCUUCUCCCCGCACAUCGUCGAUCUUUGCUCUGAGGCUUCGGAGUCCUCAUACACUCGUUACGAGGACAUCCAACUCUGGAGUGCAACUCAAGGCCUGCCAGAAUCGACGUACCUGUCGGCGGUGAAGAGAUUUCCCGCAGCAGCGGAGCCUUCCCUAAGCAACGAAAUACACGCGUCGGAAUUAGAGAGUAACCAUCAAAGGUGCGCCGAAUUGAAACAGGUGUGGACGCCGUGUCAGUGCCAUUUAGAAUUGUGCAUCGGAUGGUAUCCCUGCGAACUAAAGUAUUGUAAGGGAAAGGGCGAGAGUAAAAGUUUGUCAAUGACCUACCGAUGCGGUAUAAAAACAUGUCGCAAGUGCCAUUUAUUCUCUUAUUACGUGCCGCAAAAGCAGUCGUGUUUAUGGGACGAAUGACAAAUGUGAUAUUUAUUUUAUAAAAAGUAAUCGCCUUCGAGCUUUUACUGAAAAAUCGUUAUGGACCAAAAUGCCUUAGAAAAUCAGCUCUUUCCUUGUGUUUUUAGCCUUACGGUGUGAUUCGUAAGGAAUGUGUGUGUUUGCGAUUGUCAAUCAUAGCCUCUGCCUCUUAAAAAGCUCUCUAACGAAAGUUGUACAAUCCAAUUCGGUUUUUUUUUGUUUUUUUUCCCACUUAAUGGAGCAUCGAUUUUGAAUCCGACUGACCCUGCUUUUUAUCGUCGUAAUCCAAAUGCAAACGUUUGUCUAACGCAAAAUUUUUUAUCGUAGGUUAACAUUUGUAUUAAUGCGCUCUUUUAGAGAAAAGUUUUUGUUAUCCAUACUCUUUUUGGGAAGAUUAAUUAGGGUUGACCGUUACAGUUAUUUUCUUAUUGCCCGCUUUUAAAUAGAGGCGCAGGUCUCCACUGUAAAUACAUACUCCAUUUUUUGUGUUGGAAAAUGUAAAUUUAAAACUGUUUUUGCGAACAUUUGAUAAUAAAAAUAAAAGUGCUUGUGUUUACGCUUACGUAACGCAAAAAUUGGUGGUAGCUUUUGUACGACAUUACUGUAUAUAACAUUGAUUCUAUUAUUAUUAAUAAUAUAAACUUUCUAUCUCUUUAAAAAUAAACGAACAAAAAAUAAUACUGUUGCUCAUUUACACGCGCGACCGUUAUUAAUUGUGAAAUUGACAUUCUCAUUACGCUCUAAUAUGUAUUCAUAAUGAUGGUGGAGUAAAAAUUUUAUUAGCGUUUAAAACCCCCUUGCUUGUUAACUCUAGAUUUCCCAAGAGGUUUUAAACCGCCCAUUUAACCGGGCAACAGUAUUAAUUUGUCUAUUUUCAUACAAUUAUUGUUGUUGGGAAUAAUAAAGGACGUUUUUAUUAA